AUGUUGGUGAAACUCUGUUCUCAGAAAUCGAGCCACUUGCAAAUGAUGAUGGGGCUUCAUCCGCAUGCCUCGGGAUACCCAAAGCGUAUGUUAAAUUUGCUCGCUGUGAGUAGUCUAUCGGUGUCGCAUAUGACGGUCUGCACAGCUUUCAGAUCGGGAGUUCUCUUCAGGAGGUCCACUCCGAAGUUUGGAAGCGCUCAUGAUACUUGCUGCAUGAUAACAUCAAUACGGUUAAUUGGAAAUAUGACCAGCGCAAGAUACCAUUCAGUUGCAUUUGAUCGAUGUACUUCAGCGCAUUCCACCAUCUACGGCUGUUCGGUGCAAACCCCUUCAAUAGAGCCCCUUGAAGUAAAGGAAACAAAAACAUACCCGUUGCCUGCGUUGAAGAUCGAUCAAUCAACUAUAUCAGGCAACAUUGAGAUCCUUGAGACAAUAAUGAGAGACACGCUUCAGCUGCCUGAAGAGUGGCUCACCGACUAUACGAACAUUAUAGUUGCGGGGGAUCAGCUUACGAUAUCCAGAAUAGCAUCCUUGCAAGAGUUACACAGAGAAGAUAGAACAAGCUUCCAUCGGAUGCAAUGAGCGAUUCCUGUGAUACAGCUCUUUCACCUCCAAAUGGUUAUCUGUGGUACGCAACGCACAGCAGAGCGUCGAGGAAGGCGGCAGUGCGAAUGCAAACGCGGUCUUGUUUAUCAGGGAUGCUCUUGUUUAUAUCGAAUUGCGUGCAGCCAUAAAGGCUGGGGACGAUAACCCUCAUGUUUCAAGCUGGAGGGAUUAAAAACUAUGCGGGGGAGCUCUUGCGUUUGACAUAUGGGAUCCACCACGGCUGAUCUGCACAAAGG